AUCCUCAGCUCCGCCCCUAAGCCGGACCACGCCGCGUACAGCGAGAGUGAACCGGCUCCGAACCGGAAAACCAGCGGCCAGCAGCGAACAGCCUGUCCCUCAUAACGACACGCUGAAAGAUGGCGGACGACCCGAGCGCGGCGGACAGGAACGUGGAAAUCUGGAAGAUCAAGAAGCUGAUCAAAAGCCUUGAAGCAGCCAGGGGGAACGGCACCAGUAUGAUAUCCCUCAUCAUCCCUCCUAAGGACCAGAUAUCUCGUGUGGCUAAGAUGCUGGCUGAUGAAUUCGGGACAGCCUCUAAUAUCAAGAGCAGAGUGAACAGACUCUCAGUGUUGGGCGCCAUCACCUCAGUACAGCAGAGACUCAAGCUCUACAACAAGGUGCCUCCCAAUGGUCUGGUGGUGUACUGUGGGACCAUAGUGACGGAGGAGGGCAAAGAGAAGAAAGUAAACAUUGACUUUGAACCGUUCAAGCCAAUCAACACGUCCCUGUAUUUAUGUGACAACAAAUUCCACACAGAGGCUCUCACCGCGUUGCUCUCGGAUGACAGCAAGUUCGGCUUCAUUGUGAUUGAUGGCAGCGGUGCUCUCUUCGGGACUCUACAAGGCAACACAAGGGAGGUGCUGCACAAGUUCACAGUGGACCUGCCCAAAAAGCACGGCCGAGGAGGUCAGUCCGCUCUGCGUUUUGCACGUUUGAGAAUGGAGAAGAGACACAACUACGUGAGAAAGGUGGCAGAGACGGCCGUGCAGCUAUUUGUGUCCAAUGACAAGGUCAACGUGGCUGGGAUGGUUCUUGCUGGAUCAGCUGACUUCAAGACUGAGCUUAGCCAAUCAGACAUGUUUGACCCGAGAUUACAAGCGAAGGUGUUGAAACUGGUUGACAUUUCUUAUGGAGGAGAGAACGGAUUCAAUCAGGCCAUCGAACUCUCCGCUGAGGUGCUAUCCAACGUCAAAUUCAUCCAAGAGAAGAAACUAAUAGGUCGCUACUUUGACGAGAUCAGUCAGGACACGGGGAAGUACUGCUUUGGAGUGGAGGACACGCUCAAAGCGCUGGAGAUGGGAGCCGUGGAGAUCCUCAUUGUUUAUGAGAACCUGGACACUAUGCGCUACGUCCUUCGCUGCCACGGAGCCGAGGGCAGCUCGCCGGAAAACGAUGAGAAGACACUAUAUCUGACACCAGAGCAGGAAAAGGACAAGUCUCACUUCACGGACAAAGAGACGGGGCAGGAGCAUGAACUCAUAGAGAGCAUGCCGCUGCUCGAGUGGUUUGCCAACAACUACAAGAAAUUCGGGGCCACACUGGAGAUCGUGACUGAUAAGAGCCAGGAGGGGUCGCAGUUUGUGAAAGGCUUUGGCGGCAUUGGUGGAAUUCUGCGGUACAGAGUCGAUUUCCAAGGCAUGGAGUACCAAGGCGAGGAUGACGAGUUCUUUGAUUUAGAUGACUACUAGGUAGUUGAGACUGACAAUUGGAGAAUUUUUCAAAAGUAAAGGAUUUUCCCCUCUGCUGCUCAGCGAAUGACUAGGGGGGUAAGGCGAAGACAGUGAAUUGGCGACGAGGAGAUUACGACGUGAGGGGGAAGAGAAAUGGUAUCUACAUGUAUCCCUGACCUUAAAACACAGUGACUCCAUCUCCUGACUGGAUGAAGCUGACAGGGUUUUGCUCCUCUCUAUACAUUGCUAACACAUCACAGCAACAGUACGGACAUGGACAUCCCGCCCCACCGCCCCUUCUCGGCUCUCCAGAAUACAUCCUGAUAGGCUGUGAGGUUUUUUGUUUUCUUUUUUAAACUCAUCCCUGUUUUAUGACUAGGGCUGCACAAUAUGGACAAGCAUUAUAAUUAUAGUACAUCUACAUAUCGCGACUGUGAGAUGCCUUGCAAUGUAUGAAAUUGGUAAUGUGACCGUUAAAGUAACAACAUUUUGACCAAAAUGAUCUUCUUUUGCUGGGUUACACAAAAACCUGAAUUCAUCAAAACGCCCACAGAAGCCAGUCCGCCUUGGCUGUGACUGAAAUGGAUCCCUGUCCACAUUUUAGGUCCCUGUAGGGAGUGUCAGCUCGUUUCCUCUUGGCGCCUGAAUCGUAAAGUGUAGUUAGAUUGGUAGUUGGGUCCUCGGUAGUGCUGUUACAUAAUGCAAAACGGGACCGUCUACAAAGGCCGCUUUGUCACAUCAGAAAGGAAAUUUAAUGGAGAAAAUACUGUUGAUGUCUCAUCAGCUGGCAGGCGUUUAUAUGAGUGAUGUAAUGUGGCAAGCAAAACGUUUGGUUUGAUAUUCGAUUCUUUUCUGUGGCGAAAAAUUGUUCACCUCACUGAAAGCUGGUGAAUUUCAUGCUCUGCGUUCAGUUUAGACCCUCUUUAAUAUGAAACUGCGCAGUGGAUAUUUUAACGGCCGCUUUAAGGCUACGUUCACAUCACCGGGUUGAAGUGGCACAAAUCCGAUUUUUGCCCCUCAUGUGACUCGGAUCUGAUGUUUUCAGGGCUGUGUGGACACAAAUCGGAUCUUUUCAAAUCCGACC